AUGGAAAUGAUGGAGUUUACCUCAGCAGACAAAACUACAGUUAUCAUCCAAAUAAAUCCACAAGAGGCAAAAGACAGCGCCAUUUAUGUUGAUGGACUGGAGGAUGGAGAAUUAAAUCACAAUGCAGCUCUUAAAGGAUUUUUCAAAGCAGAGCCAAAGGCACUUGGGACUGUGCAGAUAAUGACUGGAGUGAUGGUUUUCUUACUUGGUAUUGUACUCACAAAUCUGAGCUACAGUUUUCAUAUGAUGUCUGUAUACGGUUUCAUCACUUACUGGGGAUCUGCAAUUUACAUCAGUACUGGAUCUCUGUCUGUUGCAGCACAGAAUCAGUUUCAUCUAUGUGUGCUGAAAGCCUCUCUUGGAAUGAAUUUGUUCAGCAUCAUAACUGCAGAAACAGCCAUCAUUCUGGCGAGUAUGGACUUAUCACGGGUUUCUUUAUACAAUUGCUGCUAUGAUGACAAGAGAUCCUGUUUGGGGAUCACUGGAAUAUUGCUGGUGUUAUCCAUCCUUCAGUUGAUCAUCUCCAUCGCUAUCUUAGUAUUUGCCUGCAAAGUCGCCUGCAAACCUGAGUCUACAGUGGUCAACGUGUCACUAAACCAGGGAUACUGA